UAAGUCCGAAAGAGGUCGAGGGUUAGGAAACUAAAAAGACCGCACCAUGCCAUUCUCUUUUUUUGGGGGGGUUGCAGAAAAAAGAUGAAAAGAUUGUCUCGCCAUUGCCUCAGAAUUACUGGAACCCUCCUAGAAUAGCCACUUUCUUUUCAAACAUUUUUUUUCAUCUAGGUGGUCUGCAGACCUGAUGAGUGCAACAGCUGUUGGUGUCUGGAUUUCUUUGUGAAUAGGGGGACAGUGAACUACAGUACGGCUAAAACAAAGAAAGGGACAAAAGGUACAAUAAAAGUUAUUUUUUUUUGGGCAGUUUGGACUUUUCUUUUUUAUGCAUUAUCUGUCUUUUUAAAAUAUCGCUGGAAAAAAGUGACAAGAAUCCAAAACACACUUCCGGUUAUGCUUUUACUUUAAAGGAACAAACAGGAAGUGUUUGUGUUAUUAUGGCGUAAUGACACACGUGCCGUUGGAAGCAGCGCGAGCGGCUCAGAUGGUUUCAACUUGAGAAGAACAAAACAAAAGUUAGUUUCUUCUCCUGACAUUUUGCGUCUCGUACCAUCCGUUUUGUGUCUGACGGAAGACUUUUGGUAGGGCAGAGUUCGAGCAGUCAUGUUUCUGCCAGUUGUGAUUUUGCUCCUGGUUCUCUGUCCGAACCCACAUCUGUGCCGGUCCCUUGAAAACCAGCCUUCCAGCCCUCCGCCCACCGCCAUCACCGAUGCGACGACCGCUCCGGCGGGCUGCGGCCCUUGCCAAGCCGACUUAUGCCCGCCGACUCUUGGCUGUCGGGCCGGCGUGGUCAAGGACCGUUGCGGCUGCUGCUUGGAGUGUGCCAACCUGGAGGGGCAAGCCUGCGACCCAGGAGGUACCAAUGUCCGAUUUGGACUCUGCGGCGCCGGGCUGCGUUGCCAGGUGGAUCCCAGACCUGCUGGAUGGGGACGGGGCCACGAGGAAGAGGAGGAGGAGGAAGAAGAGCAAGUGUGUGUUUGCGAGGAGCGCGAGGCGGUGUGUGGAAGUGACGGAGUGACGUAUGCAAACAUGUGCCACUUCAAAGAGGCUGCAUUUUCGGAUCUCAAACUGCACACCAGGGGGAGUGGUCCCUGCAAGACUGUUCCAGUGAUCAAAGUGGGCCCAAAAAGUCAAGUGAAUGGGAGCGGCAGCCAUCUUGUUUUCCUGUGUGAGGUAUUCGCCUUCCCGAUGGCGGCGGUGGAAUGGCGUAAGGACAAACGAAGUGGUGGCGACAAACUGGAUGAGGACGAAGGAGACAACCACAAUGACAUCGUCCUGCCCGGAGACGACCCGCACAUUUCUGUGCAGAGUCGCGGCGGUCCUCAACAAUUUGAGCUCUCCAGUUGGCUGCAGAUUGAAGGGGCGGAGCCUCAAGACUCAGGAACUUAUCACUGCAUAGCCCGCAACAGACUUGGCUCUGUCUCUGCCUCUGCUGCGCUGGGGGUCCUGCCAGCAGAGGAGCUGUCAUCCUACUUGGCCAAUCACGUAUCUGUCAUGAAACAGCUGAGUGACGCCCUGGACUACGACCUCUAUUGAUGAUGAUGACGAUGAUGUUGAUGUCUGCUCCUCUGGCCCACCGUUGACUGACCUUGAAUAGUUUACAUAGAGAAAGAUAAACUGUAAAGAUACAAAGAUAGAUGAGGUUAAAACGUGUGCUGAUUUGUAUUUUUAACAGCAACGUGAUUGGCGGUCUGUGAAGAGGCGGCGCUUCCGCAUCAAAUCCAAGCUAUACAAAACAUAUCGAAACAAAAUAAAAAUAAAACAACUGUUACAUACUUAAGUCAAA